GUGCGUGCGCGCGCAUGUGUGAGCCAACUAGUUGUUGGCUAGUAGCAUUAGCUUCCACAGUUAGCACUGCUUUUGGAAACAUUGUCAAACACAGUCUUACCAAAGUUGCCCACCAUUAGAGGGGCCCCCCGUUAAAGAAGCACGUCUGUCCGUCUGAAAUGUCAAAGAAGGCCCUCGGGAAAUGAGAACUUAGCCCCUCGUUAGUGGGGGCAAGUCCGGCUACAUCUUUUGGCCAUCGCCUACUGCUUGCUAGCAUCCUGGGAAGGAAAGCUCUGAGAUUUUGCAAGGACUGGAUGCGGAAGAAGGAUAUGAGGCAAGCUGGACGGCUAAACCUAACUGAUCGCUGUGACUGGAUCAAAAUAUGAGUGUUUUGUCACACACUCUAAGGGCUGCCAAUGUGCCGCAAAGUCUCUCACCUGAUUACCCAUCAAGGAUUAAGCUGGAGCGUGGCAUCGUUUGUGCAGGGAGGGAGCACACACCAGUGCCAGCAUGUGCAAAGACUCCUGACCUUUACUGAAGUGUACACACACCCGAGACACAGAACUGUUGUCCUCUAUGAGACAGUCCUGCUUGAUCUGCCAUCCCCAAUGGAAGUGCCAUCAUAGACUGAAGACACUGUGGCUCCAACUCCACAGUUUUGUCAGCGACAGUGUUGGAGCGACUAUUUCAGCUCUGUGUUCCCCCUGAAGGAGGAGAGAUGGGCUCCCAAGCGCUUCAGAUAUUGCGACAGGGCGUGUGGGCCUCGCUCACUGGGGGGUGGUAUGUGGACCCUCAUCAGAGCACCUUCUCCAACUGCUUCCAUCUCUACCUGUGGAUAUUUCUGCUGGCCUUCCCCUUUCUGCUGUACAUGGCUCUUCCCGCCAGCUUGGUGGUAGCAGGCUUGUACUCUGCCGCGGUGGCCAUCUUUUUCACCGCCAUCAAAGUUGUCAACUACCGUCUUCACGCCAUGUUCGACCUCGGGGAGAUUAUCGAGAAGAAGCAGGCCUCCCUCACCACCGAUGCUCCAAGGACAGAAGAAGGGGAUGAAGGCUCGGGUGCCCAUGAUGGGAAUCAACCCAGGGAUAUCCACGCUGGUGUGGAGAUGACUGUAUUUCGGAAGGUCAACUCAACGCCUCCAGUGCGAUGCAGCUCUCAGCACUCACUGUUUGGACUCAACCAGGUGUCGGAGUUCUUACCACAGCUUGAGGAUACAGGGGGGACAAAGGAUAUCAAAGAGUUAUUGCGAGAACAGGGAAGCAAUAACGUGAUUGUUACCUCGGCUCAUCGGGAGAUGCUGCGGCAAAGUUCUCAGGACACCAUCAGAGCUCCCAGCAUGGUUCAGUCCUGCAUUGCUGCUGCUCUGGGAGGUAACUUCCCAGGUCUCCUGGGACUCUCCGGAAUGGCCUCCGGAUUUGGAGAACCAGGAGAAUAUCUGUCUGUACCCCCUUCACCUUCCAGUCAAGAAGACGGAGGCGAGAAAGAGCCAUUGCAGGAUGUGGAGGCGCCUCAAAGGAUCCCUGAGGACAACGGGUUAGCUUAUUCUCCCCUCGCUCCCUCUGCUGAGUCUGAGAGUCUAGGGGAGACCCCCCUUAGUCCUCUUAUAAAGAGUAGCUUAAGUGAGGAGCUGAGUGAAAAUCUUUUGGGUUUGGGCCUUGAUCCAGUGGUCUUUGUGCCUGGGACUGAGCACCCGGGUUGCCGUAGUGGAGUGGCACUAGCUGCUGGAUCCACAGACAGCUGCUUCAGUGGAGGUGGAGCCACCACUGACCGUGAGACGCUGAGCACAGUAAGCAGCUAUCGCAGUGAAAAGACGGACUCCACUCAGCUUGAAAGUCCAUCUCUCAGCCAACCCAAGCUCCCAGAUGGACAGAUGUCGGCUUUUGCGGCGGGGGAUAAUGUCCCCAAGGCUACCGAGGUCCCAGCAGGACAGGAUGGCAGUGACACAGAUAACCUGUCUGACAGUGUGCUGCUGCGCUCCCCUUCCAAAGAGCUCUCCCCCAGCCAGGCCCUCGACAGGACACUUGUUGAAGGGGAUGAUUUACCGCCUGCACCUUCUGACAUUGCACAAGCCCCCAUUUUCCACAACUCUUCCCCUUCGAGUAGCGGUCACUCAGAUGUUUGUGAUUUAGAUAGAACCGCCCCUGUGCCUCCCCUACCUCCACCAAGGCAAGCUACUUCUGUGCCCUCAGGGCUGGCCCUGGGUUCAGUGAGCUCCGAGCCCGCUUUGCCCAUAUCCUCAACCCCCUUCCUGCUGUCGGACCAGUCUGCCCAGCAGGUUGUGCGACCCAAAGACUUGAAGCUACUGCGGGCCAGUGGCAGCAGUGUGGGCCACAGGCCAGGCCGACGGAAAGCUCCUCGAAGGCGAGCUGGGGCAGGAAGUAGUAGUUUUGACUGCGGUUCUUACAGUCGUCACCACAAUCAUAGACAACACAGAGAUUACAUCCCUGUACGCAACCGGCUUGGCGCCAAGGCUUACAGUGAAAGUCUCUUUGAGGAUUCCAGCGAUGAGGACGACGGCAGCGACAUGAGCGCCGCAUCCAGUCUGGGCUCUCAGCGCCGCUACAGCUCAGAUGAAGACGACUCCAGCUCCUCUACCUCCUGCUACUCUCCAGAACUCGCUAAUGCCGGCGCCGCACUACCACUCCCCGCGGCCACUUUACCACCCACUCCACUCGAAAAGGAUUUAGCAGAACCUGGUGGCGGCUCACAUUCCCAUGCUGCUCAGCGCUCGUCGAGUACAGCCAGCGCUAAGACUCACGCGCGGGUUCUCAGUAUGGACGGAGCAGGUUCAAGUCAAAACAACGCAACAGCUCCACCUUCUACACUACAUACCAUGCCUUCCACUUCCACCCCUGCACCUCACACUCUCACCAUGUCCAAGUCUGACUUGGAGGCUCGAACCAUUCACAUGGACAGCUUCCCGGGACCUCAUCAUCAUCGCCUGGAUUCUCUUGGAGGCUCUUGGACUGGCAACCAGAUGGGUUGGCGAGCAGGGGAAUUGACUGAGGAGGGGGCAGUGGGAGGAGCCCUGGUGCCAGAGGAAGGAGGCAAGCACGACUCUGUCAGCAGUGUAAAGAGGACCCAGGCCAUCCGCAGGCGACACAAUGCUGGGACCAACCCAACACCCCCUCCCUCCACCAUGGGAUCCCCACCCAGCCUCCAGGACCUACAAAGAGCUCGGACCUCCUCCCACUCGCGGACACGCACCCUUCCAUCCGCCUUACAGUUCGCCUCAUCACUCCUGCUCCCCCGCAGCGGUAUCCACGAGGCCUCCACCUUUGACGACACAUCAGAGGGCGCCGUGCACUACUUUUUUGAUGAGAGCGGAGUGAAGAGAUCUUACACAUUCGGACCUGCUGGAGGAGGUUACGAGGACCCCGUUCAGGAAAGGGAGAGGCAGUCCCAGUCCUCAAGCUUCACCUCCACGGAGGUCCAGGAAGGCGCACCGGUCCUGUCCAUGCUGCAGCCCAGACCUGUGGUCCUACAGGGCAUGCAGGUGCGCAGGGUGCCUGUGGAAAUGCCUGAGUUUGACCUGGAUCACGAGUCUCUGCAGGAGUCCCAAGAGAACACGCUGAUGAUUGAAGAGAAGGUCAAACCCAAACAGUACUAUCGCUUUUGGGUGCUGCCUGGGAAGUGGUUAAGGGUCCGCUAUGAUAGAUUAGCUCUUCUGGCCUUGCUGGACAGGAACCGACGUGUGGGAGAAAAUGUGUUUGCUGUUGUGCUGGCCAGUUUGGUGGCCUUUCUGGGGUUCCAACUGCUGCUCCAGGGCUUUUUCAGGGACAUCUGGGUUUUCCAGUUCUGCCUGGUCAUUGCAAGCUGCCAGUACUCCUUACUCAAGAGCGUACAACCAGAUGCAGCUUCUCCCAUGCACGGUCAUAACUGGAUCAUCGUGUACAGUCGUCCUGUUUACUUCUGCUUGUGCUGCAUGUUGAUCUGGGUCUUUGACUUGUCCGGCCGCUCUGGCAGCCUGCAACCAGUCUCCUUGUACGGCGUCACCUUCUUCUCUGCACACUUCCUGCUCUGUGUGAGAGAUAUGCUCCUAGUGUUGGCCUUGUGUUUCCCGGUCGUCUUCCUGUUUGGCUUGCUACCUCAGGUCAAUACAUUUCUCAUGUGUCUGUUGGAACAGAUCGACAUGCACGUUUUUGGUGGAACGGCCACCACCAGCCCCCUCUCAUCUCUGUUUAGCCUCAUACGCAGCAUUCUGGUGGCUGCUUUGCUGUAUGGAUUUUGCUUGGGUGCCAUCAAUGCGCCGUGGGGGGACGCCCAUGUGCCAGUACUGUUCUCUGUCUUUUGUGGCUUGCUGCUGGCCUUGUCUUACCACCUGAGCCGUCAAAGCAGCGAUCCCACCAUCCUGUGGUCAUUGGUGCGGUCCAAAUUAUUCCCCGAAUUGGAGAACCGUACACCAGAAGAACCCCCUGUGGAGAUCAAGGACCCUCUGCCAGAGAAGCUGCGUAACUCUGUGAAAGAGAUUCUUCAUUCAGACCUUGUCAUGUGUCCCCUCAUGGCUGUGAUCACCUUUGCCAUCAGUGCCAGCACAGUGUUCAUUGCGCUACAACCUGCUCUCAGCGUUGUGUUGUACAUCCUUGCGGGAGUCAUCGGCUUCAUUACCCACUAUCUUUUGCCUCAGCUCCGCAAACAGCUGCCUUGGUUUUGCCUGGCUCACCCUGUGCUCCGGUCCAAAGAGUACAGUCAGUUCGAGGUCCGAGAUGCUGCUCAGUUGAUGUGGUUUGAGAAGCUAUAUGCAUGGCUUCAGUGUGUGGAGAAGUACUUCAUCUACCCAGCCGUCGUGCUCAACUCCCUCACGACAGAGGCAUGCACUGUGGGCCAGAACCAUAAAGAGCUGGAUAUCUACAGCCGAGCGCUCUUCAUCUCAGUGGCUGGCAUGAAGUUGCUGCGUUCGUCCUUCUGUGCCCCGUCGCAGCAGUACGUCACGCUGUGCUUCACCACGCUAUUCUUCCACUUCGACUACCCGCACUUUUCAGAGACCUUCCUGAUUGACUACUACUUCAUGUCUAUUCUUUUCAGCAAGAUGUGGGACCUGCUGUAUAAAUUACGAUUUGUUUUGACGUACAUCGCUCCCUGGCAGAUCACGUGGGGCUCGGCCUUCCAUGCCUUCGCUCAGCCCUUUGCUGUGCCACACUCUGCCGUACUAUUUGUGCAGGCCAUCUUUUCUGCCAUCUUUUCCACCCCUCUCAAUCCUGUCCUAGGUAGUGCUGUGUUUGUCACCUCAUACACCAGACCUGUUAAGUUCUGGGAGCGGGACUACAACACCAAGCGGGUCGACCACUCCAACACCAGACUUGCCACUCAGCUUGACCGUAACCCAGGUGCCGACGACAACAACCUGAACUCCAUCUUCUACGAGCACCUGACACGCUCGCUGCAGCACAGCUUGUGUGGAGACCUGCUGCUCGGCCGUUGGGGCAACUACAACACUGGCGACUGCUUCAUCCUCGCCUCCGACUACCUCAAUGCUCUGGUGCACAUCAUCGAGAUCGGCAACGGCCUGGUUACCUUCCAGCUCAGGGGUCUGGAGUUCAGAGGAACCUACUGUCAGCAGAGGGAGGUAGAGGCCAUCACGGAGGGCGUGGAAGAGGAUGAGGGAUGCUGCUGCUGCGAGCCCGGUCACUUGCCUCACAUGCUGUCGUUCAAUGCCGCCUUCGGACAGCGCUGGCUCGCCUGGGAGGUGGCGGCCACCAAGUACGUGCUGGAGGGUUAUAGCAUCAGCGACAACAACGCCGCCUCCAUGUUGCAAGUGUUUGACCUCCGCAAGAUCCUUAUCACGUACUACGUCAAGAGCAUCAUUUACUACGUGAGCCGGUCACCCAAGCUGGAGGAGUGGUUGGCCAAUGAGACCAUUCAGGAGGCACUACGGCCAUGUCUCGGGCCCAAUUAUGUUGACAGUGACCCCACCUUCAACCUGAAUAUAGACGAGGACUACGAUCACAGGGCCUCCGGCAUCACUCCCUCCUCCUUUUGCAUGGUUUACGUGGACUGGAUUCAGUAUUGCAACAGCAGGCGUCAAACGCCUGUGACCAGUGAAAAAGAUUCUCCACUAGUCACUUUGUGUUUUGGGUUGUGUAUUCUGGGAAGAAGAGCGCUGGGCACUGCCUCCCACAGCAUGUCUGCAAGCUUGGAGCCAUUCCUUUACGGCCUCCACGCACUCUUCAAGGGAGACUUUCGGAUUACGUCUCCUCGGGAUGAGUGGGUCUUUGCAGAUAUGGACCUUUUGAAUCGAGUCGUGGCGCCUGGAGUGCGGAUGUCCCUCAAGUUGCAUCAGGACCACUUUACAUCUCCGGAUGAGUACGAGGACCCCACAGUGCUGUAUGAUGCCAUCACCGCCAAUGAGGAGAAGAUGUUGAUAUCGCACGAGGGUGACCCCGUUUGGCGCAGCGCCAUCCUAGCAAACAUGCCCUCGCUGCUGGCGCUGCGUCACAUCAUGGACGAUGGCAGCGACGAGUACAAGAUCAUCAUGUUGAACAAGAGGUUCCUCAGUUUCCGGGUCAUCAAGGUGAACAGAGAGUGCGUGCGUGGGCUAUGGGCGGGCCAACAGCAGGAGCUGGUCUUCCUGCGCAACCGUAACCCAGAGCGCGGCAGCAUUCAGAACGCCAAGCAGGCUCUGAGGAAUAUGAUCAACUCAUCAUGUGACCAGCCGAUUGGCUACCCCAUCUAUGUGUCCCCCCUCACCACAUCUUACGCAGGGAGUCACGGUCAGCUGCGCUCUGUGUGGGGUGGGCCUGUGAGCCCGCACAACAUUUACAACUGGCUCAUCAGUAGUUGGGACAGGAUGCAAAAAGGAUGUGGCGCCGGUUGCAACAGCGGAGGUAACAUUGAGGACUCUGACUGCGGCGGUGGCUCAACAUCCAUCAAUACCAACACCGCCAUCCACACCACACAAAGCACACCAGCCUCCAGCCUUCCCCAGCCACACAUCACCACACUGCAGCCCUCUUUGGGUACAGACAACCCAGUAGGUCCAACCCAGAACUGGCCUCACCACCCCCAACCACUCCCACUGGCUCUUCUCAGCCAAUCAGAGGGCAGGAUGGAAGCGGGGCUGCUCUCAUCCCUCCAGCGUACAUCCUCCAUCCAGGGCUUGCUGGGUCAACAACUGUCCAACUCCUUGCUUUCCUUCAGUGGCUCAGUGGCUCCACCCCCUCUGCCGGUGCCUGAACGUUUCUGCGCUGCCAGCUUCCUGGAGAACUCGGGUCACAGGGCAGGCCAGCGGGCUGGCCUCGCCCAGGGCAACGUUCUCCACUUUGAGAGCCAUUUCGGAAAGUGGAGUUUUUCUGGCAAGAAGGGCUUUAACGGGCCGGCAGCAGCGGAGGGUGAUGGAGGAAGCGUCCACGGCAUACGCACACAGCCGCCCCCGCCGGCCCCCCCACAGGAAGCCAGUCCGACACAAGAUCCACUCGGAGCGACUCGGGCGAUAGAUUCCUGCGUGCUGAAUGCGGGAGACGCCCCCGCCCCGCCAGAUGAAUCCACAGAGCUGCCUUUACUUGAGCACCUGCGCUGAUGAUUGACCCACCCCCACGCCCCCGCACACUGGAUGGCGCCCCCUUCAGGACUCAUUCCAUAAAACCUUGUAAAUCCAGUGGAGAAUCAAUACACAGGGAUAUGCUUUUUUUUUUUUUCAAUCAUCCCACUAAACUACACUUUCCCUCCCCAGCCUGAAAGUCUGUUUGCCCAAAGUCACCUUCAUGAGGAUCCUGUGAGGCGCUGUGUGCGUGUGCGUGUGCGUGUGCGUGCGUGUGUGUGUGUGUGUGUGAGUCUGUUUGCGUGUGUGUGCUUACAGGCCAGGAAGGCCAGUGCAAUUAUAAGGGAUCUUUUUUUUUAUUUGUUUUUUUUUUUUUUUGCUUGAGGAUUGUUCAUGUUUCUAAACUGGAACAUAGAAGAUCAGCUCCAGACGUUUGAGUUUCUCUUCACUCAGUCCUCCUCCCUCCACUGUGCUUUCGGUAGGCAAAUGUCACCCAGCCAUCACGUGGUGCUUGUUUACAAUCUAUCCAUGGACGCAGCGAGUCCGAUCUGGGACAGAUUAGGAGUGAAGCAUUUUUUUUCUAUUCUUUUUUUUUGUUAAACUUGAAUAUCACAUCUGACAUGGAGUUGGGGGGGUCUGGGGGGGCUGCUUUCUGCUCACUCCUCACUACUGCUGCUGCAUCCCCCGCUAUGCUAACUAGCAAACAAACUGACUUGUACUAUUAUUACUACUGCUUCAAUCCAGCGUUUUAGUUGGAAUACUGAGAAGGAAAGCGGAAUAUUUAUUGGAGGAUGUUGGUCUUACAUAGUGGGAUUUCUUUGAUGUGUCAUAUGUUCACUUUGUUUUGUCAACCCCUCCUUUUCAAUACGUGUUUGCAUCAUCUCACCAGGGGCUCCCUCGUGUGUGUGUGUGUGUGUGUGUGUGCGCGCGCACGCGUGUGUGCACGCACGCAACUGGAAAUAUUCUGAGAAGUCACCUUUAAGUUGGUUGGUUUGCCUCCGAGUGCACUCUUCCUUGUUUUUGUUCUACUUGUACACCAAUUAACCAAUUAGGCUUUGAAACGGUCAGUACUCCCACAUAAGCCCCGCCCACCACAUGAUUGGCAGCCCAUAGUGCUCAAACAUCUCUUAAGAUGUUUUUUUUUGUUGUUGCACGGUUUGAAGCUUCUGCUCACCAUGUUCUCUGUAAAAGUGGCUUUCUCCUUCUAAAGUCCCAAGUAGAUGAAACAAUGGGGUGCCCAUAUUCUCCUGUUUAAAAAAAUCUCAGGAAACUGGAACAUUACAGCCCAUAUUCUCCCGCUAAAAUCCUUGUAAAAUGAGUGCGAGGUGGAAUGUAGGAGGCCCACAUUUUCCUACAGAAAUCCCUCUAAACUUUCAAGUUGCUCAAACAGUGAGUUUGAGUGUCCUCAGUCUCCUGCUAAAACCCCAAGUAGCUGAACAUUGGUGGCCCACAUUCUCCAGCUAAAAGCCGUCUUAAUUCCCAAGUAGCUGGAAUGAUUAGUGGAGCCUGUAUUCUCCCGUUCAAAAUCUCAGGAAGCUGGAACUUUACGGCCCAAAUUCUCCCUCUAAAAUCCCAACUUCCACUAAAAUCUGUUUAACAAUUGUUGUUAUUGGCGUUUUGGAGGCCCACCGUCUCCCACAGAAAUCCAAAGUAGCUGGAACAUUGAGUGUCCGCAGUCUCCUGCUAAAAUCCCAAUUCAUUUAACGUUUGCGGCCCAUAUUCUCUACCCUCUUAAAUCCCAGGGAGCUGGGCGGGCCCGUAUUCUCCCAUUAAAGUCCCAAUAAACUGGAAUAUUGGAGGUCAGUAUUUUUCUAUGAAUAUCCUUCUUAAAUCCCAAGUAGCCAGAACAUUAGUUGCCCACAUUCUCCAACUGAAAUUGCAAAAAAAAAAAAAAAAAAGCCAGUACCUCAAUGGCCCGCAUUCUCCCGCUAAAAUCCAAGGUAACUAAAACGUUAAGGCCCCGUAUUGUCCUCUUAAAUUGUAGUGGAUUGAACGAUCCCAAAUAGCUUAAUGGUUCCGGGCAUCGUGCAUUUUCAGGCUAAAAUCUCAACUAGCCCAACAUUGACAGCCCAUAUUCUCCUGCUACCGCAUCCCUCUAAAAUCCCAAGUAGCUGCAACUUUGGCAGCCCACGUUAUCCUGCCAACGUCACUGUAAAACCUCAAGACGUUGAAUGUUUGAGGGCUGCAUUCUCCCACUAGAAUCCCAAAUAGAGUUGUGAUGAGCUGCAUUCUCUCUUAAAUGCCUCCUAAAACUCCCAAGUAGCUGGAGCCCUCAUUCUCCCUCUACGGUCCCAAGUAACCCUCCUGCUGUCGUUCUUCUCAUUGGUCAUCUUUCUCAAAAACUGCAGCCACCUUUCUCUCUUUUUGUUUUCUGUCCUUCUGUUGUUUACUUUACGUGCAGGACUCAAAGCGCAAGUUAGAGCGGAUAGUGUGUCAGUUUCAGUCAACUUAAAAAGGGAUUUCAUCAUCUCUGCAAUUAUGUACAGCAUGUUUCAUAUAUAAAUAUAUAUUUAAAAUAUAAAUCUAUUUUAUUAUGAUUGGAAGUCCUGGGUUGUUUUCCAUUUAAGACACUUAAGUCGGAGGGUUCUGUUUGAGACGGGCUGAGGAGACAAAAGCUUUGCAUUUGAAAUGUGCAGUUUGGGAAGAUUCUGUUUUUCUUUUUCUUUUUUUUUUUUUUUGCACCAUGCCGCCACCUGCUUUUGUUUUUGUUCUGGAUCUGGAAGGGGGGGUCUUUUAUUUAAGGACUUUAAGUCAAUGUUCAAUGUUCUGUACAGUUUUUUAAAGUGAUUUUUUUUCUUUCUUCUAUUUAAAUUAAAGGUUUUUGUGUCUUUGUU